AUGCCGCGUCGGCAAGUGUCAGCGGCAGUGGGCAGUCGCGGGGCGGCGUGAUUUUGUUGGUCUGCGCUCAGCUGCUCGUGAUUUUCAGCAUGCGUUGUUUACGACCGAGCAUCGUCUAACGUUAGUUGCAUAGUUAUUAAGAUAUUGAUUAGAGCGAAUCCGUUCAUUUAUAGAGUUACUUGCGCUUCGCCUUUCUCUAGUCGUAGCCCAUCGUGUCAGCCGAGCCUGCGUGCCAUGUUAUAGCUACUGUUAUCAAUUGGAAGCAUCAACUUUUUUAUUCAGGUAGGGUGAGAUAUCUUACUUAGCCACCAUGAUCCACAGCGUUUUCGUCAUAAAUGGCUCUGGGGAUGUCUUCAUGGAGAAGCACUGGAAGAGUGUCAUCCACCGGUCGGUGUGCGACUACUUCUUCGACGUGCAGAAGAAAGCUGCCAGCCCCGAGGAUAUCCCGCCUGUCAUCUCUGCCCCGCAUCACUACCUCAUCAACAUCUACCGCAACAAGAUGUUCUUUGUGGCUGUCACUAUGUCCGAGGUACCACCGCUGUUUGUGAUUGAGUUCCUGCAUCGUGUGGUGGACACAUUUGUUGACUACUUCAGUGAUUGCACCGAGUUCCUUAUCAAGGAGCAUUAUGUGGUUGUUUACGAGCUUCUGGAUGAAAUGUUGGAUAAUGGCUUCCCGCUUGCGACGGAGUCCAAUAUCCUGAAGGAGCUCAUCAAGCCACCAAACAUCCUGAGAACCCUCGCCAACACUGUCACGGGUCGGACAAACCUGAGCAGCACCCUGCCCACAGGCCAGCUGUCAAAUGUCCCGUGGCGUCGAACGGGGGUCAAGUAUGCCAACAACGAGGCCUACUUUGACGUCGUCGAAGAGGUGGAUGCCAUUAUUGACAAGAGUGGUUCGGUCAUCUCAGCCGAGAUCCAGGGAUACGUGGAUUGCUGCAUCAAGCUGAGUGGAAUGCCUGACCUCAGUCUGACCUUUGUCAACCCGCGCCUCUUUGACGACGUCAGCUUUCACCCCUGUGUUCGCUUCCGGCGUUGGGAGUCGGAACGGGUGCUCUCCUUUGUGCCUCCAGAUGGCAACUUCAGGCUCAUGUCCUACCACAUAGGAUCCCAGAGCGUGGUGGCUGUUCCAGUGUACGUACGACACCAGAUCAGCUUCCGGGAAGCAGGUGGUGGCCGACUCGACAUUAGCAUUGGACCCAAGCAGACGAUGGGGAAAACUGUUGAUGAAGUGGUCCUGGACGUGCCUCUGUGCAAGACGGUGCUGAAUGUGACCCUGACAGCAAGCCAGGGCAAGUACAGCUUCGACCCAGUCUCCAAGAACCUCAUCUGGGAAGUGGGGCGCAUCGAGCCAGGGCGGCUGCCCAACCUCCGUGGAUCUAUGGCCCUGCAGGCUGGUGCUCCACCUCCUGAUGCAAACCCGACUAUUACGGUGCGUUUCACUAUCAACCCCCUGGCAGUGUCUGGCCUCAAGGUCAAUCGGCUAGACAUGUAUGGAGAGAAGUACAAGCCAUUCAAGGGCGUCAAGUAUGUCACCAAGGCUGGCAGGUUUCAAGUGAGGACGUGAAGAGUCCAACCUUGAUGGAGGCAAAAUACGCUGGAAGUGUAUUUUCCAGGACUGGGCACCUUUUGCAUUCAGUUGAACUUUCCGAACAACCCGCAAGAAAACUGCUCAGUGUGCAAUUUUCCACUUAUGUGCGAUGCUUGGUUGGCUUAGAGAAAAAGAAAGGGUGGAGUUGGCAGCAGUGAUGACAUUCUUCUGUUGAGUGCAUUCCAGACAGCCAAAUGAAGGGUGGUAAAAAUAUGGCAGUUUGCAUCCUGUGGCAAAAAGCGAGUUCUUUCGCAAAAGCAUUUGCAGUGGUAGAACUGAGUCUUGAGAAGGCUGCCUGGUUUGAUUUAAUAAGCUGUCAUCUAGCAUUACAAAAUCAAGCCAGCUUCCUGCCCUCAAAGUAUUAUAAAAGCUCUGCCCCAUUUCUCAUUAUCUUUUAAAAAUUCUUGUGAAGACAUACGUUGGACUCCCAAAGGCAGGCAGCAAGCUAAAUUUAUACCAAGGACAUCUUGAGAUGGAGAAGUGUGGAUGCCAUCCUGAAUGUACGGUAGUCAUAAAAUGUUUUUUAUGUACGUGUUAGUCCACUUGGUGCAAAUGCAGACUUUGUCUGGGAUCAAAUAGUUUAGAGAAAGAAAGAUUUUGCACAGAUGCUUUUUUUUACACAUGGAGACUGGCUGUGUAGAGCCUAUUGACUAAGAUUUGUCCUGGGUAAUGCUUCUAUGUGCGGCAAUCCUUCAGAAGCUUUAAUGAUAUGCCCUACCUUUGUCUAUCAAUAUUUUUCUGAGUGAAAUUAAGCAGCAAAAGUAAAAUAGUAGAAAGGUGAAAGCACCACAAUGUUGAUUCUCCGAUUGAAUGCUUGAGAUGUUUCUUUUGUUAUAAAGUCUUAGUGCUUUUUUGUGUAAUAGUGAAGUUGUAAAAUCGUAUGCUUUUUAUGUAUAGGCAGGGUCAGAAGUUUAUGGGAUGCGGGUUUCACGAAAAAGUCAAUGUUCGCCUUUUUUAGGGACUGCAAAUUGAAACUGGGCUGACAUUUAUGUUGGUCGUGUACACAGCACAUUUGAAAUCUAGGCUGUGUGCUCAGGAUCAGGAAAUGUUCAUUUUCUCAGAUUCUACAGUCGUUAACUUUUGAUCCAGCCUGUACAUGGUUUUCCGUCGCCGCAUUUGUAGCGCCAAUUUGUAAUUUUGUAUAUUCAAACCACCUUUUGAGACAUUCUCAAUGACCUUUUGGACAUAAAAUGACUCCUUUUUGUGGUAGUAUUUGUACAAGUGUCAGAUAUGACGCUCUAACAUGGCUGUUAUGAAAAUUUGUCGCCUACAUGUUGUUAGCGUCAUGUGACAGUGUUUUAUAUUGUUUGCAAAAGAAGGGGAGUGGAUAGCCUUGUUGGCUUCCUAAUCUCACUGGACUGUCUUGGGAGAUCUGGGAACACUCAGUGGCUGCAAGACUCCCAUUUCAAGCAGCUGUUAAGUGAUCAGUUACUUUUAUAGAAGCCACGCUGCAUGCGAAUAAAGGUGUACUAAAUA